AUGCACCUUACCACUAUCCUCGCGUUCGCUACACUCGUGCUGGCCAGCGUUAUUUCGGCCGCAGAGGUCAAGAAUGAUGCAGCAACCCCCGCGCCUGUGUCAAAAUUGCGCAGUGAGAUCAACGUCGUGCCGCCACCCCAUAAGCUGCAAGCCGGAGAACGUCAAUUGGGUAUAUUGGACUGGUUGUUUGAGAGCCCCACAGCAGCACCCGAUACGCCAGCACCUGCCUUUAAUUUUGGUAACAAAAACUACGACGACGGUGGACCCUUCAGCGGACCGUUCUGGGAUCCGAACGCAACCUUUUAA